CAUUCAAAGUCAAAGACAUGACUUUUACACUACCAAAAAAAUUUCUGUGCUGUCUGCCACUUGAAACUGGAUCUUUUAUAAUUGGUGGAUUUAGCAUAGCUGUUGGAAUAUUGUGCUUAAAUUUCUUUAUUGUAGCUGUUCCUUAUGCAGGAGUGAAUAUACACGAUAAAUUAUUAUUGACAGCUUACUACUUCUUUGUGAUAAUAGCACAUAUAUUCUGUGUCUCUCUGAUCAUUAGUGGAUACUUCCUUAUACUAGGAGUUUAUGAGCUAAAUCACAGAAGGAUGAUUCCUCUUAUGAUGACAUUCAUAGCUCAGCCAUUUAUGGGAAUUGUGAUUUUUGUUUUAUAUUUUGAAUCUGCUUACAUUCAUAGUCACAUUGCAGUGUUCUAUAUCUACACAAUUUUCACGUUUCUCACAGCUUAUUUCUUACUUUGUAUUAAGAGUCUUUAUGAAGUUAUCAGGAGUCGAGGGGAGAAACCAAUAGCACAAAGAUUGCCUUCACAAGGAGUGUAGUAUUAGAUUUAUAUCAAAAUGAGAAUUUAUACGAA